AUGCACAACAAGAUAGUUAGAAUUGCAUCCAGUGUGCUCACAGGGGGCAAAUUACUCGAGAAGUUAAAGCCCUUGACCCACUGGAAAGUUCAAUGGGACCCUAACAGGACCAAAUGUUUAGGAAUAACAAGAGAGGUAACCUUCAAGGACUACGAAACCACUUGGGCUUUUUUGACCCGUGUCUCUAUGAGAUCUCAUCUAUGGGGCCACCAUCCCUUGAUUCACACAAGCUACACCUGGGUCAAGCUUGAACUUCGUACGCAUGACUUAGACCAGAAUGACGGAGAUCAAAACCAACUUAGCGAUAUAGAUGUCCGGAUGGCCAAGAGAAUAGAUUCCUACAUCGAGGAGAUGACAACUUAA